CCAUUGGACGAAGCAGAGCAACGUGCCAUCAUCACCUCUCUGCGCACCUCGCACGACAAGUCUGCAAAGAUCUACCGCUAUGCGACGCUCUUCCUCCUCUCGCUGGUCAUCAUCACCUACCUCACCCCCAUCCCGGCGUACAUCGCCGGUACACACCCGGAGAACCACCUCACCUUAUUCUGGGCAGCUCACCACGUCCAGGGCACGCAUGAGGAUCUCAUCUAUCUGCCUGCCGGGCCCAUCUACAUGCUCUUCUUCGCCUUCCAGGGCAUCAUCGUCGUGGGUGCGAUUAGGGAGACGGUAGACUUGCUCGGCCUGGCUAAGUUGGGACCAAAGCCCGCAGCUUUUCCUGCUCCUCAGCCCCACCUGUACGGGACUGCGCCUGGCUGGCUUGUCCCUUCGCUGCAGGAUCUGAGGUUUAGCAGUGCGACGAACCAGUCUGUCAAUUCUAAGACGCCCGCUACUAGCCCGGCGGCAGCGCAACGACCUGGAUUGGCGAGCGUUGCGCCGAGACUGGUGUACUUGGGCGUGCUCUUGGUCACGAGUCUGCCCAUGCCGUUGAUGGUGUUUGGCGCGGGCAAUUUCACCAACGCGGCUUGGUGGGCCCUUGCGCCGGGAGCAUUGCUGAUUGACUUGUUGGUCGAGUGGAGCAUUGCUGGAUCGGAGAGGGAGAUUAGGGGACUCGAUGGACAGAGGUACAGCUACAAGGGGGCGUGA